UUGAACGUCUCACAUUGUGUAAAACAACACAGAGAACGUGACGUGUUUAUGCUAAAAAUCUUCGAAAAUCAAAAGCAGGUUUUUGCUUGAAAAGUUCUCUUGUUCUAGACGAAGGUUGGCCUUCCAUCUCAACCAUGCUCAGUAACUACCCAUCGUAGUUGGCAGGCCUCCCCACGUGGCUGUACGGAUCCAAUACGUGCGCAAUGCAAGUCAGUUAUGCUAUGAUCAAAUCAGUGUGGCCUUCAUUUUCGACUCUUUGGAAUAACUACCCAACUGCAAGUCAGUAUAAAGGGGAUGACUUGAUUGAUAAGAUAGGCCUACCGGAAUGGUUACAUGGUGCCAAUACUUGUGCUAUCAGGCUCAGUUAUGCCUUGAUCCAGUCAGGUCACACAAUUGACAUCAAAGAAAAUGAGUUCAACUGGUCAGGAGUACGAGCCUCUCGUGGAGGGAACGAGAAGUACAUYAUUCGUGUAGCUACCUUCAGGCAGUAUCUAGAAAACCGUAAAGGGCCUGCUGAUGUUGUAUCCAAAAGCAAGGCUGAUUUCCUUGGUAAAAAAGGAAUCAUAGUUUUCCAGAAUUGUCCCAGCUUCAAAACAGCCACAGGACACGUGGAUGUAUUUGAUGGCCAAGACUGUAAAGGCCAGGCUUACUUCAAUGAAUGCUUCGACAUUCGCCUGUUUGAACUGAGCGACAGAGAUGAACUGUAGAAAGAUUCCUCUUGAUAAAGUUUUUUCUUCCAUCUUCCGUUCCUUUCUUUUCUUGAUUUUAUCUCAGCAUUAAUUUUUUUACAGCUAGUUUUGUAUUGCUAAUUAGUUCUGUGUUCACAAUGACAUCGGGAUUCGCCAUGACUAAGAUAUAUUAGCAUUAUUUCAAAGGUAAUAGUAAAAAAAAAUAAUUCGAUACAUGUAUAAGUACAAUAAUUGACGUAAAUUUGUUAUGAAAGCAUUUAAUAAAAAAAUAAUAAAAGUGUUUAUUACUUGUGAA